AGAAUGUUUAGUGAGUUUAAUUGGAGUUAAAAGUUUAAAGUGAGAGCCUCCACUGCAUUUUGAAAAGUGGAUUGGUCUAUUUGCAAACUCUGACACGCACCAAUCAGCCACUUUCCUAGAACUUGUUAAUGUGAAGGUGUGUCUUUUUAGGUUGAUGCUUCCCAAUUAGGCAGUGAAAAUAGGAGGCGCAUUGAAGAUUUGGCUGACCCUCCACAUGUGAAUUCACGUGGAGACAUGUGUCCAAUUCCACCUGCCAUGAAAACAUUCAUUCAUCCUUUCUCCACUCCUUACAGUGCCUUUUUCACCUUUUCAGUUCCACUCAUUUUUUUAUAUAUAUAUAUAAGCAAAGAAUGGCAUGAGGUUGCAAAGUGUAAAACCAGUCACCGAAAAUCUAUUCAUUCCUUGCUUUCUUUCUUUCCUUCUUUUCUUUCAGCCUCUUCUUACAUCCCAAGAAAAAUAAUGGCUACUCUUACCUCAAACGUAUACCUUAGCCCACAAUACAAUGUUCCCAAAGACCAUCAUCUACCUCAUGGUUGUGUAGUUGAGGAAAUAUCAGGGCUUAUUAGAGUUCACAAAGAUGGAUACGUGGAACGACCACAAGUUCUUCCAUGUGUCACUGCUAGUACUAUGAGUCCAGAGCUAAAUGUGACAUCUGGAGACAUGGUCAUUGACAGUGCCACGAACACAUGGGCACGUUUUUACGUUCCAAUUUGCCAACACGAGUUGCCAUUGCUUGUUUAUUUCCACGGUGGAGGCUUUUGUGUUGGGUCAGCAGCAUGGAGUUGCUACCAUGAUUUCCUUGCAAGGCUAUCUGCCAAAGUGGGGUGUGUGAUUAUGUCAGUGAACUAUCGAUUGGCCCCAGAAAACCCUCUUCCAGCACCCUAUGACGACGGAUUAAGGGCCCUAAUGUGGGUGAAGCAACAAAUGCUAUAUGAACAACACAACAUGGGUAGUGGUAGUAACAGUGAAUGGUGGACUACAAAGUGUAACUUCUCCAGUGUCUUCUUGGGCGGGGACAGUGCUGGUGCUAACAUAGCCUACAACGUUGCCACAAGGGUAGCUGCAUGUGAUGGUGCUGCUUUAAGGCCUUUGAGUCUGAAAGGUCUUAUUUUGAUACAACCCUUUUUCGGUGGGGAAGUGAGAACAGGUUCUGAGAAAUGCAUGGCUCAAUCAUCGGGUUCUGCUUUGAACUUGGCAGCAUCUGACACUUAUUGGCGCUUGGCGUUACCCUGUGGUGCGAACCGUGACCAUCCGUGGUGCAACCCUUUGGUGAAAGUGAAGUUGGAGCAGUUGAAGGUCUUGCGUACCUUGGUGUGCAUCUCGGAGAUUGAUAUAUUGAAAGAUAGGAACUUGGAGUUUUGUGAUACUUUGGUGAGAGCAGGGAAAAGGGUUGAGUUUGAGCUGUUCAGAGGUGUUGGACAUGCGUUUCAGAUUUUGAGUAAGUCUCAGAUAUCCAAGAACAGAACCAUGGAAAUGAUGGCUCGUGUUAAAUCCUUCAUGGCUCUCUGAUUCUCUGUUUCACUGUGUAUAUAAAAUUAAUUCACUCUUCUGCAAAUCAAACUGCCUAUUGUAAAUUUCUAAAUCUUCAACAACUGUACUAUAUAUAAUGGAAUCAUUUCUCAGAGGUAAUGAAUGAUAUUGUAUAUACACAGUUGUCCUCGAUUUAAUUUGAAGAAA